AGCAGACACGCAGAUAAAGAAGAGCUAGGGAGCUCAGAAAGUCCCGAGGAAACGGAGAGAGAGGGGGGUUCUCAAAUGUAUAUUAUAUUUCUCUGCUUGUCUUGUUCGAGUGUCUGAGAUCUGGCGCUGCUACGGUUAGAGGGAAAAACGAGGAGAUAUGGCUUGAAAUCUCGAGCUCUUUGUUUCUUCGUCUGCUCGUUUUCUCCUCUGGUUUUUUCUUACUUGUUUAAGAGGUGGUGUUGAUGGAGUUGAUAAGAAGGAGGACAAGAGCUGGAUCGGUCUCAAAGUCGGCUCUUUUAUGCUGGGUUUUCAUCUGUCUCUUCUCUGCUUGCGCGUUGAUUACAGUAACUCAGAGAAGUGUUCAUUUAGGCGAUCAAGAGAAUAGAAGCUCAAGAUCGGAUUCUUCUACUCAGGGGGAACUGGUGCGGAGGCGGGAGCUGAGCGGGGGGCCGGGGUCGUAUCCGCCGCGGUGUGCGUCCAAGUGCGGGACGUGCACGCCGUGCAGCCCGGUGCACGUGCCGGUGCCGCCGGGCACGCCCGUGACCACCGAGUACUACCCGGAGGCCUGGCGGUGCAAAUGUGGCAACAAGCUCUACAUGCCCUGACCAAGUCCUUGACCUCACCAAAAGGCAUGCAACAUUGCUAUGAUAUGCUUCAUCAUCAUCAUCAUCAUAGUAGAAGAAAAAUUAUUAUGGGAUACUAUAUAUUAUUAGUUCUCAUGUUAAUUGAGAGUCCUCGUGUAGCAAUAGCAUAGAGUUUAAAUGAUGUCCCCAUAUAUAUCUACCAUUAGGUGGAACUUAAUGAUGGGGUGUAAAAGAGGAAAGAGGAGAAAGGGAGAGGAAGACCUGUAUAAUUCUGAGAUGAGUGUAUAGGCCUUUUGAUUAUUGAAGUGGAGCAAAAUUUUU